UGCAGGGUGGCUGCUGGUGCGGACGUUGUUGGUAGUGGGAAAGAUGGAUGAAUUUCAAACGGCAGAGGAGUCUUCAUUUGUAGUGGAUGAAAUAAGCAACAUCAUUAAAGAGUCAAUUGAAAGUGCCAUCGGUGGUAAUGCUUACCAGCACAACAAAGUGAACCAGUGGACUACUAAUGUGGUAGAACAGACACUCAGUCAGCUUACAAAGUUGGGCAAGCCGUUCAAAUACAUAGUGACCUGUGUAAUUAUGCAAAAGAAUGGUGCAGGACUUCAUACAGCAAGCUCUUGCUUCUGGGAUAAUGCAACGGAUGGAAGCUGUACCGUGAGAUGGGAGAACAAGACUAUGUACUGUAUUGUCAGUGCCUUUGGACUUGCAAUAUAAUUUUUCAAUUCCUGAUUGUUUUUUUAUAAAUUCAUACUCUGACAACACCUUUUUGAGUUAAAGAAAAUUCUUAUUUUUUCAUCUGAAAGAAUGCUAUUUUUUUUGGCUAUUCAGCAUUAUAACCAUUAGUACUAAACCAAAUCUAAAAUCUUCUGCAUUAUCUUAUUUAAGGUGCUACAAGCUACUAUCAAGUGCCACAACAAAUUGCCUGAUCUUGUUCAUCAAAUACAAUAAUUGUUACAUUUGUUACCUUAGCUAAUACUAAAUUAUUGAAUACAUGCUUUAUAUUUUUACAGUGUAAUUUCCACUGUGUCAUUGGUUCUACCUGGCAUCCACCAUUUUUCUUCCUGUUUUUUGUCACUGUGUAAAAACAAACAAAUUAAUAUGGCAGAUAUAUUUUUUAGGACUAGUCUGUCAUUUGUGUCUCAACUUGUUAAUUUUUUUUGCAUCACUUUUCAUGUGUGCACUGUCUUAAUAUCACAAUUUCACUAAUAACUUGUGUUAACAGCAUGGAUGGGUUUUUUUUAGAAUGACCUAAUGCAAAGACUUGUAUUUAUGUUGUUAAAAAAAUAAAUGCAUGGCAAGAAAAGCAUCAAAGGUUUCAGGCUAUUUUAGGCAGUUUCACUGUGCAUUGGGAGGUGUGUUGUACCCAAGGAGAAAAUAAAUUUUGCCAGACUUGAAAAA